AUGGCUGCCAGCAACGACCUCCGGGGCUGGGUGAUGAGCGCUGUCUCGGGCGUGGCCUGCGUUCUCGGGGCCACCGUCAUCUGCGCCGAUCUGGUAGUGCGGCGGGUCACCAACGAUAAGACCUUCCAGAUCGCCAACAGCAAUAAUUUCCUGUCAGCCUCACUAUGUCUGAGUGCCGGUGUGAUGCUCUUCACCUCUCUGUAUAGCAUGCUCCCCACGUCCCAAGACUACCUCACACGCGCCGGCUUCUCUCCCUCCGCAUCCGCAUAUAUUUUGAUCGGUCUCUUUCUGGCCGGUGUCAUUGUCAUUAGAUUUGUAUCCGGGUUUAUUCACCGUUUCAUCCCAUCGCAUGUGGUCGAUUGCGCCCAUACUCACACCCCGGAACAAGACCCCGAGCGCGGCGAAGGUCAACUCGCAGCACACAAUGAUCAUCAUAACCAUUCCAACGGUCACACAGAGCGAACCCCUCUUCUGCGACCGACCCAACCUGAAUCCUUCAAGUCCACUCCGGCGGUAUCACAACGGAUGGAGCCCGCGUCACGGACCGCCAAGCGCGAAUCCUUGCGUGCCAUCUUCACCCGCCGCUUCAGCUCACUGAUGGGUGGCGUCAAGACAGUAUGCGACGAAGACGGUCCGUGCUAUGGGUUUUCGCAGACCUGUGGUCGUGAAUGUAUCAAGGUACUUCCAAAGGCCAAUUUGCCCCAGCACCAGAGUAUCGCCGUGCAACUAGACUCCGAGCAAGACCCGGCACUGGAUGCGGCCAUUGACUCUGUUCUGGCCUCAUCUGACACGGGACCCUUUGACGCCAUUUCUGCUCAGCAUAUUGUCAACCAUGCGUCAGCUAGUGCAACAACUUCCUCUGCCUCAUCCCAGGUGCAUCUCCCUCACCAUUUGGAUGACCCUAGCCAUCACCAUUCCAACACUAUAACCCACAAUCAUCAUAACCAUAACCAUAACCAUAACCACGGUUCCCAUGAUGAAGUUGAUCAUUCCUCCAAACCCGCAGGGGACAGCACCCAUCACCACCACGUCCCACAAAACGCCUUUCUCUCUAUUGGCCUUCAAACCUCCCUUGCCAUCGCCUUGCAUAAAUUACCCGAAGGCUUCAUUACUUAUGCGACCAAUCAUGCCAGCCCUACUCUUGGCUUGACUGUGUUCCUCGCACUCUUCAUUCAUAACAUUGUGGAAGGCUUUGCCAUGGCCUUGCCACUAUACCUCGCUCUCGGCUCUCGUUGGAAGGCCAUGUUCUGGUCCAGUCUCCUUGGUGGGAUCAGUCAGCCGGCCGGUGCCGGUCUUGCCGCUCUGUGGAUUUGGACCUCGGGGCACACUGGCAAUGAUACAAUGGGGCCGUCCUGGGGUGUAUAUGGAGGCAUGUUCGCCGCCACGGCUGGCGUGAUGACCUCUGUCGCGUUGUCGCUGUUCAGCGAAGGCUUGGCACUGACGCACCAUCGAAGCAUGGGCAUCGGAUUCGCAGUCGCGGGCAUGGGGAUGAUGGGUGUGAGCUUUGCCUUGACGGCUUGA